UGCUAGGGGAAGCGGCAGCGCCGCCAUGGCGGCUGCGGCGCUGGGCUUGGGGCCCGGGGUGCUGCUGCUGCUGCUGCUCUGGGGCCUGGCGCUGCUGCUCGGCUUGGCGCUCUCCCGCGCGGUCGGCCGGGCCCGGUUCGCCGUGGUGCCGAUAGUGCUGGGAGCUGCCGUCCUCAGCGCCGCGUUGCUGCUCUUGCCCCGGGAGGACGAGCGCCCUGUCACAGUCGCCGACGACGAGAUCGUGGACACCUACUUCAUCAGCCGCUUCAUCCUCCUGGCCAUGAUGAGCCUGGUCUUCCUGGGGUGCCUUUUCCUGCUCCUGAUUCACCACCUCAUGGAGCCAGUGUAUGCCAAACCACUCCACAGCAGCUAGCAGCAGCCAGACGCAGCAGUCCCCACCAAGAGGAAAUCCCAGUUUCAUGGCUAUAAACCAGGAAGGCAGAUCAGGAGGUGAACGCCUUAGUUUUUGCAAACUCAGAAAGAAGCAAGCAAAGUGUCUCUUACCCCCAGCACUGCCUCUUGUAUCUUUAAAAGCUAGGUUUGGACUGAGCACAGCACCCUCCUUUCCAGGGACUUUGCGUGCUGCAAAGGUGCUUUAACCUCUUCAAUUUUUUCUUUUCCAGGAGAGUUGAAAUCCAUGCACUUUGUACUACACUCGUUCAAUGAAUUGAACUGAGCCGAGAUGGUUUGUUAUUCUUAUCCACAAGAGAUGGUUUGUUAUAAUUCCUUUUUCACCUUAGUUAAAUAAAACUCUCUGAGAAUCCCCUCA